CUUUCCUGUGAAACAGCAGCGAAGCCCAGAGAUGAUUAGAUAAUUGGCUUAAAAUAAAAAUCCUUGAUUGUAUUCGUGACGGGACAUCGAUGGUACACGACGGUGCUCUUCUCCCUCUGCUUACCUUAAUGUCAGCGUGAAGUCCCCUUGCAGCUUUGUGGAUGCGUCGCGCACCAAAAAGGAGCCGUCGGGGGAGUCUCGGAGCUUCUCGUUUACCUCAUCCCUGGGGGAGAAGCAGUCAACAGUUCAGGGAUCUGACGCGCAGUAUGAACUGUGCCAAGGCUCGUCGGCGAGACAACUUGGAAUGGUUAUUUUGGAGCGAUCUUCCAGCGGCACAGAUCAGUAGGUGGUGGUGUUGAGCUGCACAGAGUCGAGGGUGUUGCAGUGCAUCGUGAUCCAGUCCACUCUUGCCUUUUUUGCUUCACUUCUUUCCGUGACCUCUGACCCCCUGGCUGGCUGGCGUCUUACGUAAGGAGCUGGUUGAGAAAAGCACACGGGAGCGGCCCCCCCGUGCUCUGUUGCGGCAGGUUAGGUUCCAGUGGGACGUCGUCGCUCAUCUUCAUCUUUCACGUCCCGAGGCUCGACCGUCGCUCCGGUCUUCUCUUCCAUCGUUGUGCCCUAGUUAUCCUGAUUAUUUGAAAUGACAACAUCUCCAUUAUUACGCUGCUGACGUUCAAUCGGAUCUCCGUUUAAAGCCCCCUGAAUACUGGCUUCAAAAGUCUCCACCUGAGAAAAAUCAGCCUUUAAAGUUCAGGAACACACAGUUGAUCAGAUUUCAGCAACUGCCUCAAGGACACAAUGAGUGAGAGAAAUAGAAAUUAAUCGGAAUGUCUUUCAUUUAAUUAAAACUCCACCCUUGAUAUUCAAUGUAACUCACCAAAAACACAUUGAAUACAUUUCCUAUCUCAUACAACGUUGAAGCCUGCAUCGCUUACAUCCACGUUUACUUGGUGUUUUCCUGCCUUUCGGUGAAAACACCGCUGCCUUGUCUGGCUCUUUAUUUCCUCCUGCAGUUCAGAGGAAUAGUGUGAAACCAUUGGCAGGAAUGUGUGAACCAUCGUCCUGAUGUUCUUGCAAUUGCACCUGAGCAAACAAGACAUAGGCAGUAACUCAUGGUGUCACAGCACUAAUAGUAACUCACACCGUCCCUCCUCCAUUGAACCGCACACAAGAAAUUGUAGUACUUUGAUUUAGCAUUGAAACGUGUCGACUUCAUUUAGCUCCGAAUAACAACGUUUUUGUGUUCCCUUUUUCUUUGUCUCAGAGAAUUAUCCAAUGGUGUAAUGUUUCUCACAAGAUCUCUAACAAGACAAUAAAAAAAAGAUUUAACUGCUGUACAUCUGUUCUUCCCACACAUCUUUGGUCCCCCUUGUAAUUGUGGGGUAUUUGUAUGAAAAAAAGCACUGCAUGAUCUCAUCCCAGCAUGUACAACAGUGUUCUUCUGAAGUCCUUUCCCCAAGAAACCCCAGGCUUUUUUAAAAUCAAUUUAUAUAUAUCUCACACGUCCAAGGACAAAAUCAUCUGUUUCAGUUGCUGCCUGCAAAUUCAUGGAGUCCUUAUUCUGCUGUUUAAAUUUUUUUACAUUUUUAAGACAUUUUUCUCCUUAUUGCCCUAUUUACAGACAAGAAUACUGUGUUCUUCUGUAUACUUGUGGGUGAAUGAUGUAUUUGUCCAACUUGUUGUUGUAUUCGUGUACCUGAUCAUUUCGAUGCCCUAAAACUAUGAAUAAAACAGACAAUGUUCCCAAAGGAAUAUUCAACAACAAACACAAACAUUAUGGACAUAUCGAUGCGAGCCUGAUGUUCGCCAAACAGCGCAGGGUGUCGUGUGGGGCCUCGUGUGACGUGUGCAGUCAGGAGCUUGUGGAGGCAGCGAGAGGCGCUGAGGCGUCGGGGGACAGCGGCCAUGUGACCAUGGCAACAGGGAUUGGCUCAGUGCAGAUGUGACAUCAGCGAGCCUCCCACUCGCUCCCCGCCUCCUCCCCAGUCUCUCUCUCUCUCUCUCUCUCUCUCUGCUCUGUCGUUUCCUCUCCUCUCCUCCUGUUCCUUUCCUCAGCAUCCCCCCUCUCAGAGAUGGCGCGUGUCGCCGCUGCUCAGGCGUCCGCGGCCUAAACGCGCGCGCGCGCGCACGGCGAGGACCCCCUUCCCCCCGAUCUGCUGCCUCUUCCUCGGGUGUCUGUGUGCGCCGUGUCCUCCCACCAUCACCAUCACCGUCACCGCCGCCUGUCGGCUCUCCUCCCACCCCACCCCACCCCACCUCCCGGUGCGGGUCGUCCGGGAGCUCGGGCCCUGGCCGGGUUCGAAAGGGGAAUCGACGUCGUGCCGCUGAGCCAGGGGAGCUGUGCAGAAUUAGCCAUGCCCUGCCCGGGCGUCCUCUGACCGGCGGGACACCUCCGCCUCUGCACCGGAGCGCGAACGUAGGAUGAAAAUCUGCGAACAUGAUGCAAGGACUAAAAAAACGAACCAGAAAAGCUCUGGGCUUAGGAAAAAAAGACAAGGAUACAGACGCAGCGAGCUCACCUGACAAAGAUCGGCCUGGAAGUGGAAAGAAAGGAAGUAAAAAGGCCAAUGGUGCACCCAAUGGUUUCUAUGGGGAGAUUGACUGGGACAGAUAUGCCUCGCCUGACGUGGACGAGGAGGGAUUCAGCCUACGGCCUGGCGACGAGGGCGAUGUCGCCUCCAAAGGAAAGCAAUUUUUCUCCUCCAGCGACUCGGAAGACGAGGAGGACAGCAAGAAAAAGUUCAAAAUUAAGAUCAAGCCGCUGGUGUCGGACAGUGCCAAGUGUAUGCCUCCAUCCAUGGACGAGCUGAAAGCCUCGGUGGGAGGCCUGGCGCUCUCCCCAUCUCUGAAGAGAAGUCCGAGACGCAGCCCGGGACAGAUAAAGAGAAAUUUAUCCUGUGAGGAGAUUGCCAGACCGAGACGCUCCACCCCUACUCCGAGUCCUGCCCCGGAGAUGCUGAGUGACAGGCUCUCCCAAAAUGUCCCUGCCUUCUUCGGGCUGCCUUCAGAGACCAAAUAUGCCAGAUAUGAUGUGGUUCCUACCGAUGUGUGGGGAGAAUCAAGGCCACGGUCAGACUCACCGCUGAGCAGAAGUUUCCCAACAGGAGCUCCUCCUCCGCUCCCUCCGAAAAACAUUCCGUCAAGAAGUCAUUAUGGCUGCGCUUCGGACUCGGCAGCUGACCUACCCAACGGACGAGUGGCUCGCGGUUCCGCCCCCAUCUACCUGAACGUGCUCUCUCCCGCCUCCUACCGAGGCUCCCCGGGCCCUGACCUCGACGACGUGUUUGGCCCCUUCGACAGCCCUCGCGCCAGCGAGGACGUCGUGUCACCCAGAUGGGUGAUAUUCGCCGAUGACAGACCCCCGCCACCCGACGAACCUGCUCCCCCUCCGCCGCCGGACUCUCCUCCCCCAGACACCCCCUCGUCCACCCCCUCCACCCCCUGCCUGUCUCCCGGACCGCCGCCGAACGAGCCCCCGCCUUCGCCACCAUCCUUUUCUCCCGGGUCCCCUCCGCCUUUUACACCACCCGACUCACCCCCCUCCAUUGUGCUCGGACCUCCUCCUCCGGAUGAGCCGGCCCCUCCUCUGCCUCCGGACUUCUCCCCGUCUAAUUCGCCCCCGCUCUGCCUUGACGAGGAGGCGAUCGAUGAGGAGGUGCUGCUGUUUGCGCAGUAUUCAUGCUCCCCUGCCCCCAUCAGCCCCGUGCCCCCGCUGCCAGCAGAGCGGAGGUCGCCUCAGGCAGGAGUCAUUUCUCCCCUGGUCUUGGGGGGCGCAGGGGGAAAAAGAACCCCAGAGGGGGCUUACCUGAGAGACGACAUCCCGGACUUUGUGGGCUCACCCAGAGAGAUGACGCCGAGCUUCAGGGGAACGCCCCCUCCCCUCCCUCCGACCACCUACAGGUCUAUCAUGUCUUCCCCGGGGCCCUACUCAGGCAGCAGCCCCUCGUCUCCGGCUCGUCCUGCCACGCCUCAGUCUCGAGGCAGCCCAGUCCCUCCGCCUCCUCCUCCCCGACCGUCCUCAAGACCAAAGCUGCCCCCGGGGAAACCAAUCACCGACCUGACUCGGCCGUUCAGUCCGCCGGUUUCAGGAAGCCCCCCGCCUUUUGCCCCCCUGGCCCGGGCGGAGAGCUCCUCCUCCAUCUCCUCCAUUACCUCGCAGAGUGCAGCGUCCACUCCGACCUUGGGGAAGGACCUUAACAUGUCCGCUGCAGAGGCCUCACAGCCUCUGGUAUGGUUUGACCAUGGCAGGUUUUAUUUAGCUUUUGAAGGAUGCUCCAGAGGACCCAGUCCACUCACCAUGGGACCCCAGGACACUCUGCCAGUGGCAGCUGCCUUCACAGAAACCAUCAAUGCCUACUUUAAAGGCGCCGAUCCCAGCAACGUGAUGUCUGAGAUUGGCCUGGUCUCUCCCACCUGUCCCAGAUGUGUUGUGAAGAUCACAGGGGAGAUGGUGCUCUCCUUCCCUGCGGGCAUCACCAGGCAUUUUGCAAGCCAUCCGACUCAGCCCAUCCUCACCUUUAGCAUCAGCAGCUACAGCCGACUGGAGCAGGUCCUCCCCAAUCCACAGCUGCUCUGCUGUCAUUCCACAACAGACAGUGAAGACACCAAGGAGUUCUGGGUAAAUAUGCCAAACCUGAUGAGCCAUCUGAAGAAAGUGGCUGAACAGAAGCCUCAGGCCACAUACUACAACGUGGACAUGAUCAAAUAUCAGGUGUCGGCAGAGGGGAUCCAGUCCACUCCUCUGAACUUAGCGGUCAGCUGGCGAGGGGAUGCCACCAACACCGACCUUAGGAUAGACUACAAAUACAACAUGGAGGCCAUGGCCGCUCCUGUGCCACUACACAACCUCCACUUCCUUGUACCUGUGGACGGAGGUGCAGCCAAACUCCAGGCCAUGAUCCCACCUGCCAUCUGGAAUACAGAGCAGCAGACGAUACAGUGGAAGAUUCCCAGCCUCUCGCAUAGAUCUGACAAUGGAGGAGUAGGGGCACUCCUGGGGCGGUUCCAGAUGACACAGGGUCCCUGUAGACCGUCCCAGCUCGCAGUCCAGUUUACCAGUGAGGGCAGCACGCUGUCAGGGUGUGACAUCCAGCUGGUUGGCACCGGCUACCGGCUAUCGCUGGUCAAGAAGAGGUUUGCUGCAGGGAAAUAUUUGGCGGAUAAUUAGUGGACCUGUGUGCGACGGGAACCGAGAGAAUCAAUGGCUUUUUGACUGUGAAGACAAUGGAUCCAUCCCAUGUUUAGUGUAUUUGAAACUGAAGCAGCCAUUAAUAUUAAUGGUUGAGAUGAAGCAGAAUAACAGACCAUAACACAGACACGUGAUAUUUGAAUUUAUGACAUCAUAUAUCAUAGACUGACUACUGCUGAGUUUAUGCAAGUAAAUGCCAAUCCUUAGUUCUGUGCACUUGGAAAACUGAUGGGCUUUCACGGAGUAAGAUGAAGGGAAACCCUGAUUCUUUGUUCUCGUUAACAUAACUGUGGAUUCAUGCAGUGAUCCAGCCUUAUUCAUUUCAGUUUCUUCCGUCCAACUGGUCGUCAUUGCAAAGGCACUGUAAAAGAUAAUGUGAAUAGAUUAUAGAAUAUUAAAAAACAAUCUUGAUCAAGGUUGAAAAGAAUGGAAAUUGUAAAAAAAAUGUGUAGUAUAGGAUUAUUUUGCAGUUAUAUUCCAAUAAGUUAUAGGUUACAUGGUAAUAUCUGAUUUACACUGCCACCUCAGAUCAGAUGUGUUUUUCCACCAAGUGUGAAAAAUCUCAAUUGUUGUCUGAACAGAAUUUUUGUUGCUGUUUAGACGAGUCUUGGACUUGUCACAGCCCAUCUACCAGUCUUGUGAUCAAAGGUGAUUGCUAUUGCACUGGCGAUCCUCAGCACUCGUAAUCUGAAGGUGCUUUUUAAAUGGAAUUAUAUUUGUGGACAUUUUGAGCGCAGAAAAAAGGAAAAUUAUAUUUUGUAAAGAAAACGUUAUCAGGGAAAGAAUCAUUUAAUUUGAGCAAAGAAAAACGAAUCUGUGCGCAGUAACGCUGCUUCUUUGCUAUUAAGUCAACAAUAACCUGUGUGACCCGGUUUUAGCCAAUAGCCAUAUCUCAAAUUUCUAAAUUCUCCAAUUUCAAGCCUUUUAAUUUAAUUGUUUAGUGGCUAUAGUCAACAUUUUAUUAGUUUUGAUCACAUACAUAGCACUAGUUAAAGGGGUCGCUUGUAGCGAUGUACCCACGGACAAUGAAAACCAGAAUAGCAGCAUCUCGAUAAACAGAUUGUUUUUUCUGGCCUGCAACUUUGGUUCACUCUCAUUGCUCGUGGCAUCAAUUAUCAUGCCACAGCAGGCUGCUGUUUUCAGACAAAAAGCAGUGAUAAAGCUAUAGUACGCAACCUGCCUAUCACUAAACAGCAGGCAAAGUUAGCGACAAGCUAUUGAACAUAGUGGAGCAUUUACCCGCCAGAGUCAUAUUUCCUUCAGGAAUUGGAGGAGACCAAAAACAGAGCCAACAGAGAGUGGAUAUUGAGAAACACAGCUUCAACUGAGUGCUAACGUUGCUGGAUAAGUUCACCUUAUCUAUUAAUUCGGUUACAAAAUGCCUGUUCACAGCCUGAACAAUCUGUUAUUGAUUUUUUUUUAGGGGACUACAUUAAUGAUUAUUAUUUGCAGGGGUGAUGUAGCUGCCAGGUAACAAGACAGUUUUGUUAUCCACUGCAUAUGUGGCACAAGUUAGCGAACAAAGUAGAGACUAACUUUCAAACUGAAUUUCGAAAAAUGUUCAAAAACUAGGUAACCAAAACUGCGAAAAAUACUUUUGUGUGGCUGUGUUGUGUUUACCAGUCUCCCAGUGCUUCCCAUAUUUUCUAGAAUAUGUCUUAGUGGCUGAAACUGCAGCACAGAGAGGUUAUUCUAUGUGACGGAAUAAGAUACAAAUUCCAUUUAUUGAGCACAAAUAUCACUUUGUUUACUCAAAUUAAGGUAUAUUUGUGUGAUAAUUUCUCUACAAAAUACAAUUCAUGUGCUGGGAAACAUUUUCUUUGCCAUGCUUAGGCUUGAAGUACAUUCAUAAUGUCAUAAUUUCACAUUUAACAUUACUACUGGUUGCAUUUUGCUAAAAGAAUUACUACAGUGGAAGUGGUAAUAAUAAUAGUUAUAGCAGUUUGACCUGCUGAAGAACAAACGCAUUACACGACGGGCAAGUGCAAUGCUGAGAUUCAUCUUCUAUCUCCCAUCACAGGACUUUAGUGGUAUUUGCGGCGGUGUGUGUGUGAUUGGUCCGAUUUUGUGACAAUAAAGGGAUGAGUAAUGUAUGCUGCUACCUUCACUGGAAUAGUUUAGGUAAAUUAUUCUGUUAAUGUUGCAGGAUUUAUGUUUGAAAGGGCCUUAAGAUGUUAGAUACAUACAGAGCCAGGUGUGAGUGCCAUACAGUGGUGAGGAGGAGCUUUAAGUUUCAGGGGAAACAGAGGGACCAGGGCUGACGAUUGUAGGAGUUGCCUUCAAUGCUGCUUAAAAACUUGGCCAGUUCCUUCGACCGUGAUCUCCGAUGGAGGUCUUGGUCUCAGAGUAAGGAAUAGAACUGUCUUAUUGAGGAGGUAGCACUUACCGUGUCCCUGUAUUAACUUCUUCCUUUUCCACCACGUUGAAUAAAUGUUUUAUCAUUUUCUAAUAGCAAUAUUUAAAAAAAAACCCAAGUGUAAAAAGUGUACAUAAAAAGCUAUGUUUCAAAUAUUUCUCUGGGCAUAUAGAGGUGUCUGUGAUCGUCCCUUGGUUAAUUGAUGUCAGCACUCAUGACACAUUAGGUUCUGUGUGACACCACCACAACUUUCCUUCAUCUCUUGUUUUACAUGUGGGUUUUUUUUGUACAAAAAAAAGUAUAACUGUUGACAAAGAACUCCAAAUGGUGCCGCAUGUAAUCUGCAUUUGUCCAUCACUAGUCUGAUCGAUGCAAUUUACCCAUUUCAAUUAGGUCAUGAAACGUGUUAUUGUGUAACUGUGCAAUGAGAGACUUUUUUUUUUGCCUUCACAUAAACCUCCACUCUCUGUUUUGCUGUUGAUGCACCUUCAGAACCUCAUUGUCAAUAAAUUUGGCAUGUGUUCAUCGAUGUUUCCAUUCCAUACGUCUAAUAUAGGUGUUUGACAUUCUCCUGUGUUUCACUUGCACACAAAACACACCUUAAGUUUCCCUCAUAAAGCAACUCAUGUCAUAUGUACACAUGUUGGUCUGUGUUUGAACAUCACAUUUUAUAGAAUGUGUUGGUGUGUUGACUCACAGUUUGGACCUGGCUGUAAGAUUUCAUUUAGUUCUAAAAAAGAGGAAACAAAUACGUGUUCUGUUUUUUUUGCAGUUAAUUGAGAUCAAUGUUUCACUGUGUUCUUCUGUUGACAAUGUUUCUGUUUUCUUUUGCCUUAUUUAUGAGAACACACUAAGUCCUCAAAUAUCAUUAGAGGAUUUCUCUACGUUUAUUUUUUUUCUACAAUUUUCUGGCUGUUUUCCUUUCACUGCGGUAGACACAGAAUAUGCAAGCAUUUCAUGUAAAUUUCCCAUCCAAAGAUUUUGAAAAUAAAUAUAUGAAAAAUGAGUAUAAUGUAAUACCUGUUUUACCUGGUAAUAAAGAAGGAGGAAAUAAGAAA